GUCCCGACCUUUUUUGGUUUUGGUGCUGGAAACGUGCGGUGUUUCUGCGCAGCGAGAUUGUGUGUGUUGCGUGUUUUCAGCCCGCAUGGACGAUGGAAAAAAGCAAAACAAACUUUUCCGAAGAAGAAAUCGCCGUGCUCCUGGAGCUCGUUUCGCGCCAUCGCAGCGUGGUCGAGAGCAAGAAAUCAGACGCUGUAUCCGUCAGUCGAAAACGGGAAUCGUGGAAAAAGAUAGAGGACGAGUUCAACUGCCACCAUAACGUGAUGCCGCGGACGUGGGGCCCACUAAAGAAGUGUUGGGAAAACCUCAAAGACAAGUGGCGCAGGUGUAACGCACAAGACAUACGGGAGCGGUUUUCUACAGGUAGUCAAGACGCGGCUGAUGAGCCCGAUGACUGGUUCUUGGAUGAUGCUGGCAGGCCACCAGCAGAACCUGAAACAAAUGCUGCCCCAUUACCGGCCACUACAGACAGCCGGGCGCUCGUUCAUGGUACAAGUCAGGAAGCUGCUGUGACAGAGCCCAGUGCUGCAGCAACUUCAAACGCUCCUGUGCCAGCUGGCACAAGACGCCCCACGACAAGCAGCAGCCAGAGACAGACGGCGGUCUCCCUUGAACUGUCUGCCCGCCUCAGUGCCAUCAAGGACGACCGUGAAAAAAAUGAUCAUUUUUUGAAAAUGAAGUUCAUGCGCCUCGAGCACAAAUACAAAUCUUUGCACAGUUACGUAAAAUACUGUGCGACUAUGCGGUCUCUGAUCCUGACACCACUUGAUGUGUCUGGCAACGGAGGCAUGCCUGGUGGCGUUGGUUCAGCGGAGGGAGUGGGAGCUUGCGAAUCACCGUUGUGUAUUGCCUGGCUUUGUGCAGGAGGUGGGACAGGGUCUCAGGAGGUGGCCGAAGUUGUGUAG